AUGAGCUGUGUGGACAAAAAAGCUACAUGUAUCAACACAAAGGCCGCAGGUAUCAACACAAAGGCCGCAGGUAUCAACACAAAGGCCGCAGGUAUCAACACAAAGGCCGCAGGUAUCAACACAAAGGCCGCAGGUAUCAACACAAAGGCCGCAGGUAUCAACACAAAGGCCGCAGGUAUUAACACAAAGGCCGCAGGUAUCAACACAAAGGCCGCAGUAAUCUACACAAAGGCCGCAGGUAUCAACACAAAGGCCGCAGGUAUCAACACAAAGGCCGCAGUAAUCUACACAAAGGCCGCAGGUAUCAACACAAAGGCCGCAGGUAUCAACACAAAGGCCGCAGUAAUCUACACAAAGGCCGCAGUAAUCUACACAAAGGCCGCAGGUAUCAACACAAAGGCCGCAGGUAUCAACACAAAGGCCGCAGGUAUCAACACAAAGGCCGCAGGUAUCAACACAAAGGCCGCAGGUAUCAACACAAAGGCCGCAGGUAUCAACACAAAGGCCGCAGGUAUCAACACAAAGGCCGCAGUAAUCUACACAAAGGCCGCAGGUAUCAACACAAAGGCCGCAGGUAUUAACACAAAGGCCGCAGGUAUUAACACAAAGGCCGCAGGUAUCAACACAAAGGCCGCAGGUAUCAACACAGAGGCCGCAGGUAUCAACACAAAGGCCGCAUGUAUCAACACAAAGGCCGCAGGUAUCAACACAAAGGCCGCAGGUAUCAACACAAAGGCCGCAGGUAUCAACACAAAUGCUGGUUGCAUCAUAAAGAUAACACAACAGCAAAAUGUACAGAGGCUAAAAGAGUACAAGCCUAAGUUGGUUGUCUUCCCACCCAUAUAG